GCUCGGACAUCGCGAAGUUUUUAGUUAAUUUGUGAUCGUUUCUCCCCAAAAAAAAUAUUUUUUUUUCAAAAUUUUCGAUUUUUUAAAUUUUAUGAAUUUUUUUUUUUUAUUUAAAAUUUAGUGAGGGGGAUCGUAAGAACGGUUUGUCUGACACUUAGUUGAGUAGAGGCGAGGGUGACUUCUUUGUUCCUGAUUAAGAUUUUUUUCGUUAUUUAAAUUUAAAUGUUUAGACUAUCCAGUUAUGCCAUCCAUCGGUGAAGGGAUCAUCGUGAUCACGGUCGUCGAUCAUCAGUACCAUGAAUUUCAGUUUGUGCACCAGCUGGUUCUGCACUAAACCGGAACAAGAAAAAUCGACGAAUAAUCACGCGAGCAGCAACAACCAUCACCAGGAGUACCAGGCGGUGGUCACUUCUGGACCUGGUCCUAGCCCGGCCAGUUCCAGUUCUUGCGAUGACGUAGUACCGCCAUCGAAAAAUUGUUUUAGGCUGAUCAUGUUGGGAUCGGCAAGAACGGGGAAAACCUGCCUAGUUUCCCGCUUCCUUGGCGCUAAAUUCCACGAAAACUACACUCCAACCAUUGAAGACUUCCAUCGAAAACUUUAUAGGAUACGUGGGGAAAUUUAUCAGCUGGACAUCUUGGACACCUCCGGGAAUCAUCCCUUUCCCGCCAUGAGACGAUUAUCAUUUCUUACAGGCGAUUUGUUCGUGAUCGUCUUCAGCAUGGACAGCAGAGAGACCUUCGAGGAGGCCAUAAGGCUUCGGGAGCAAAUAAUCGAGACGAAAGUGAACGCGGGGGCGGCGGGCAGCAGUGGCGGCGGACUAACAAGGAAAAAAGUUCUGCCCAGGAUCCCGAUGAUAUUCGCCGGGAACAAAUGCGAUAAGGAAAUGAAAACUGUGACAUGUGACGAGGUCCAAGCCUACUGCGACACGCAGGAUUCCUGCUGCGCGUUCGUCGAAACGUCAGCGAAAAAAAAUCAACAGGUGGACGAGGUGUUUUACCAAUUAUUCGCGGUUGCCAACUUGCCGGGAGAGAUGGCGCCCAACCACCAUAAAAGGAUCAGCGCCAACUUCGGGGCGCCGUGCCCCCUGCCGCCCCCCAACCCCUCGCACCUGUCCAAGAAGUACCAUCUGUCGGUGAAGAGGAGACUGAGCGACGCCUGUGGGGUUGUAGCCCCAAACGUAAGAAGACCAAGCAUAAGAACUGACUUAAUGAUAAUGCGGACUAAAACGUAUAAUUGUGGUGAGGGGGGCAGCGCCCACGGGUCCCCCCUGGCCAACUGGCGACGGAACAAUAAUAGUGGUUCUUGUGUGCUGCAGUGAGUUUUUUUUUAAUAAAAGUGGAGUUUGAUGAUGUGGGGCCAGAAUAUCAAAAAAAAAAUAAAGAAAAAUUAAGGAAUAUUAAUUAUUUUAAGUAAGAGAUGAUAAUAUAUGUGACAUAUACAGGGUUUCUUAGGAGACAUUUGUAAUUAAAUUGGUUAUUUUUUGGAUGAUUGGUUUUAGGCCCUGUAUUUGCUUUUUAGAGGCUCCAAUGUAAAAAUGAGAUAGAGAGCAAGUUCACUUUGUUUUUCCUGUAUGCAAUUUACUCUUUUUUUAGUGGUAUAACUUUUGUAUGCAAUAAAUUGAAAAUUGCUUGA